AUGCCUUUCUUUAGAGCCAAGAGCUCCACCAAAAACCCUCUCAAAGAGCAGAACAGAGACCUGUGCAAGUCCACGCUGGAAAAAGCAAUAAAGAAACAGGUAACCAACAAUAAAGAGAACCAAAAAACUAUGCACCGAACUCACGUCAGCUCAUCGCAAGGACAAAACACGCACAAAGAAGCGGUGCUUCUCGGGGGCUCGGCAGCGUGGCCCGGCGGCGGCUCCCGCCCGCCCGCGCCGAGCCAGGCUGGCUCCCGGCUCUCCGCCGCUGCACUCAGCCCGCCCACCGCCUUCCAAAACUUUCCGGGCUUAACCGCGACGCCCUGGCCGCCGGGACGGAGCGCUCGGAGCCAAAGUCCGCGGGAAGUUGUCCCGCCCUGGAGCAGAGCCCGCUGCCCCGCGGCUCCCCCGGGACACCGCGGGCUCGACCCGCGCCCCGUCACAGCGCUCCCCGCCGCCCCCUUCCCAGCGCCUCCCGCACCCCCCGGCCUCUCCCGGGACAGCGGGCGGGAGCGGGGCCGUCGCGCGCCCUUACUUGGAGUUGCGCUCGCCCGAGGGACGGGGAGGGACGGGCAGCGGCGGGAGAGGGGCAGAGUCUGCAGCGCCGGCCACCGGCAACUUCCCCGCUCCGCCGCCACACGUGGGGCUGAGGCGCGGGCUGGCGCUCCCCGCCCGCCGCUCGGCGCCGAGGACGUGGCAGCUCCAGCCCUCCCUCCUUCCCUCCGUCCCUCCCCGGCCGCGCCGGAGGCUCCUCCCGACCCUGCUCUGCGGAACGCGGGGCGCCCUCUGCCGCACACCGAGGGACCCGCCGGCCCCGAGCCGCGCCCCGGCCCCGUCGCACGCCGGGGGAGCGCGGCGACAGGUUCUCCUGGAGGGUAG